CUCCCAGCCACUGUUGCCAUCCAUCCAUCUCCUCUCUUCAACUUCACCAGCCACCCUCCUCAUCAGCAUGGCAAAGUCACUCCGCGCCCGCUCAAAGGUUGCGGCACGUAACGCAAAGCGCUACAAUGACAAGUCAGACUAUGCCGUCGUCCAAGCAGCCCGCCUAGCCCAGACGUCCGGCAGGCUCCAGGAAAAGAACAAGCAUGGCAAGACCGUCGCAGAGGAGGAUGCAGACCAGCUCGAGGGCACUCAAGACGACGAGAAGAUGGCCGAGGAGCCAUCAGAAACUGAUGUGACAGGUGCUGAGACAAAGGAAGACGGCGCCGAGCCCAAGAAGAUCUCAACCUCGGGCACUAGAGAGUCACGAAGAGAGACUUGGCGCAAAGCAAAGGGAUGGAAGCCCAAGCAAGGCACCAAGAACAAUGGUCGUACCAAGCGGAGGAGGUAGGCUAGCUCGACACGCACUCACUUAAUAAUUCCGCCGCGCCACGCGCUACCCCCGUAUUCCCUGCGGCAUCCAUCGUCAUCCUCGGGCUUCACUUGGAAUUGUAUCUGCAAAUCCAACCGAACCACCCAU